AUGGGAGACCCUAAACUGCCUGCUCUGAUUGCCCUAGUUGUGCUUGCUUUUGUGGCGAACGCUGUCGCAGUGUUCACACCUGCAUGGGUGUGCAUGAAUGACUAUCAAUAUGAUGGUAACUACGGUUGCACUGGAAUUGUUCCGUAUUAUGCAAAUCUGGAUCCUGCAUGGUUCGCUGCGGCUAGUUGGCUCAUGUUCAUUUCUUUCGCCACAUUUUUGCUUAUGUUUUUCUUUGUCUACAAUGCAAGAUCGAAAAUCCAUCAUCAUGGUUACGGAAGUCACACUCGGAAGUGGUUUCAUUUCAUCGCAUUGGCCGCUUUUUUGAUAGUUAUGUUUACGGUAGCUGCUGUGACGCUGAUCGGAGUUUAUGUGAGCACUAGCUUCUAUUCAGAUGAGUUUUACUUGGGCUACUCAGUAUGGAUCUCUAUCGGCGCUGGUGUUGUAUGCCUUGGAAUUAUGGGUCUCGCAUUUGCCCUAUCAAGAAAAGAUGGUUGCUGUUAA